UAAAAAAUAUGAACUCAUCGUUAGAUCCAUCAGCCAAUGGUCAAACAUCAAAAGAAUGUGAGAUCUGUCAUGCUGCGGAUUGGAAGUAUACCUGCCCACGUUGCUUGAUCCACACUUGUUCAGUUCCUUGUGUCAAGAAACAUAAGCUUGAUACCCAAUGCUCUGGUGAAAGAGACAAGACAGCCUAUGUUCCUUUAAAGUCAUAUAACGAGUCAACAAUGAUGAACGAUUAUACCUAUCUAGAAGACGUUUCAAGGCAAUCUGAUAAUCUAACAAGAGCAAGGCGUGAAUUGACAUCAAAGAACAUGAAACUAAAGCUCAGACAACUUCAUAAGCAAGCCAAUUACUUGGGGAUCAAAUAUUUUUCAUUACCUGUGGGCAUGACAAGGAAUACAAAGAAUCAGAGCAACUAUAAUCAAAAAUCACGACAGAUAUAUUGGACAAUUGAAGUGAAUUUCUAUAGAAAUAAUGAAAAGAAUCAUUACUUGGAGCAUGGAUUCCCUGGAAAUAGACCUUUUCAUGACUUUUUUCACAACAUGCUCUUUUCCGAGACACCUCGUGGAAAGGAUUCGUUUAGCAUCAUGAGGCAUGAAUUAAAAUAUUUUAUUGAUGCUGGUCUUGAACAGUUUAGAGUCGCAUUGAAGAAAGAAAAGGCACCAAGAGGAGAGUUUGUGGAUGUGACGGGCAUACUGGAUAUGUCCUUUUUGGAUACAUUAAGAGGGGAGACAGUAGUAGAGUAUCCAACGUUUUAUGUUUGGUUAAAGGAUGAUCCUCAGCCUAGUGAGAUACUAUCAUUAGAAGAAAAGCGUGUGUUGAUUCGACCAUUAAAACGAUCACAUGAGGAAGUAGAUCAUGAGAAAGAGCAAGAUGAGAAGAGGCUCAAGAUGGACAAUGAAGAAAGUAAAGUGGAUGAAUUAGAAGAAUUAAAUGAAGAAAAUAAAGUGAACGAAUUAGAAGAAGAAGAAGAAGAAGAAAGCAGAGUAGAUGAGUUGUAUGAAUUAGAAGAAGAAAGUAAACAAGAUGAUAUAGAAGAAGAAAGUAAUGAUGUUAAAGAGAAAGAGGAUACAAGUGAAUAAAUAUUAAACACAUACCCUUUUGUUGUAUCAUUCUUAUUGCUCUACUUGUCCUUUUUACGCUUAUAAUAUGAAUGUUAAUACAAGGCACUCAUUCAGUUUGAAUACAAGAGUCUGGCAUAAAGAGA